AUGAGAGCAGCGUCUUACUCCCAAAAGAGCCUGCAGGUUAGCGGCUCCAGCAGCAGGGUGAGGGUUCAGAGCCCGUCUCCUGCUCGGUACCGCAGGUCCUCAUGUGACAACCGUGGACGCUCCGGGUUCCAGGGCACUGCGGUGGAGCUGGGCACUGAGAUCCACCAGUACCAUGCCAAUGAGAAGGAUGAGAUGCAGGAGCUCAAUGUGAAGUUUGCGGGGUACAUCGAGAAAGUCCAGGUACUGGAGCAGAGAAAUGCUGCUCUGCAAUCCCAACUGGCAGCCCUGCAAAGCCGUUACAAAGGAGGCCCCACAGGCAUCGCAGAAGAGUAUGAGCUCAAGUUCAAAGAAGUGCGGGAGCUGAUUGACUCCCUGACCAACAAGAAGGGAGCUGCUGACAUUGAGCGAGGGUACAUCGAGGAGGAGAUUGAAAUUUGGAGGCUCAAGCUGGAGGAGGAGCUUGCACUCAAGGAGGAGGCAGAGAUAAUCCUGAGGGAAUUCCGGCAGGACAUUGAUAAUGCAACACUGCAGAAAGCUGAGCUGGAGAGGCGCGUUGAGCAGCUGGUAGCUGAGAUCGAGUUCCUCAAGAAACUACAUGAAGAGGAAGUGGCUGACCUCAUGAAGCAGAUCGAGGACUCCAAGAUCACCGCAGAGCUAGACGAGGACCGGCCUGACCUGGCUGCAUACCUGCGCAACAUGCGCACCGAGAUUGAGGCUGUGGCUGCCCGUAAUGUCCAGGAAGCAGAGAAAUGGUACAAGAGCAAGUUUGACACCCUCAAGCACCGUGCCAGCAAGCAUGAAGUCCAGAUGAAAACCAUGAAGGAUGAGAUUACUACCUUCCAUAACCAGGUGACCGACCUGCAGAACCAGAUCGAUGGGCUGAGGGCCCGCAAUACGGCCCUGGAGCAGCAGCUGGAGGACAUGGAGAUGGCCCACCUGGAUAAGGUGGGCAGCCUGGAUGGCGUCAUCGCCCAGCUGGAGGCACAGCUUUGCGAAACCAAAUUGGAGAUGACCAAGUACCUGCAGGACUACCAGGAGCUGCUAAACAUUAAGCUAAAGCUGGAUGCAGAGAUUGCCACCUACAGGAAGCUACUGGAAGGGGAGGAACAGAGGCUUGGAAUCGCUGCAGAACAGUCUGCCGUGGUGUAAAUGUCAUUCCAGGCAGAGGAGAGCUUCUGAUCCGUAACAGUCCCAGAGAAGACGGCCAAGCCAUCAGCUCAGCCUUACUUUAACCCCCUUCACCUUUCCUCUAUCUCUUUCACUCUGACCAGCUCCUAGUACAGGAAUACAAACCGUCCAUACCACCGAGUACCACGUACAUUCCCACAUAUAGCUCAAGACAUUUUGCCUGCUUUCACUUUCAGCUAUCUACCAUCGCCUCUUAUCGAAUCACCUCAACUUGAGCGCCAUCAUUUCUCUUCUGACCCUACAUUAUUCAUCUCUUCUAGCCAUCUCCAUCCGGUCGUUCCCUUUCUGCCUCCUCUCCUG